UAACCGGAAAAUAUUGCAUCACAAGUAGUAACGCAGUAAUGUUGAAGAUAUUUACUUGUUUUCAAGCRCCUGAUGACAUAACAAUACCUCCAACUUCUUACCCAGAAACUGGAAUUGAUGAAAGCACCAGACCACCCAGUAGUAGUAUUAGUCCAGAAGAAGAAGAUAUAGCAAGCCAACCAAAUACCGCAGAGGAGAUUGAUGAGGAAACGACCGAUCAUCCAGAUAUCAACACAGGAAGUGGUGACACCACAUAUUCCAGUCCAGGGACAGAGGAAAUCCCCAAUCCCCCAAACACCGAAAUUGACCAGGAAGAACAAACGGAACCAGAAACAGAAGACACUGCAGGUGCAGGGUCAGGUGAUAGUCCAMCUCCUCCAGGUAGGUUGAUGUAA